AUGGCACCGACGCAGCAGCGGGCCGAUUGCACGUCGCCGGUCGUCGUCGACGGCCGCCCCGCGGAAGCAUGGGUCGAGAUCUCGGUCGAGACUGGGAACGCGCGGCUCCGCAGCGGCGAGGCCUUCAUCUGGCUGCAGCAUGCGACCGUCGAGGCGACAACCACAGGCGGCCCGGUCGUCGAGGUAUCGGUCGCCGACAAGAAGAAGCACGUCAUGAAGUUCCAGAUGAAGAAGGCGCUGUGGAAGUCGUCAUCGGGCCGAGGCUUCCACGCUGCGCUGACCAAGACGAUCGACGACCUCGCCAAGCCGACGAUGAAGAUGCGGCUGGCAUUCCGGAAGAAGCUCGUGGCGCACAAAGAAGAGCCGCCGGUCGUCGACGAGCCGCCGCCGCCACCGCCCAGCGCGAUUCCUGCGACGAUCAAGAAAGAUGAGCCCAUGCUGUCGUUUGGCAGCCCCGUGCGCAAGAAGGUCCCGUCGAUUCUGCAGCAGUCGCCGAGCCGGGUGCAUCCUCGCCUGUCGCUGUCGCCGUCGUCGCCGCGCAAGCAGCCCGACUACUCGACGACCAAAUCGCCGUUCCGGUCGCCGUUUGGAAAAAACACGGCGCAGAAGCGAUGGCUGAGCCCGAGCGCCGCGCACCCGACGCCGACCCGCGCCAAGACCUUUGACGACGACGACGACGACGACGAGAUGCGUGGUGGCUUGGACUCGCCGUCGCCCGUGCGCAAGGUGCGUCCUAUGGGCGACCGCAUGCGCGAGCUCGAUGCGAUGCUCUACUCGCCCAAAGGCAAGACGAGGCUCAUCCCAACAAAGCUGCUCAUGGACCUGUCGUCGCCGCCACCGCCACCGACAAAAGCAAGCCCCGUGCGCCGGCUACCGCCCAAGCUCAACCUUGACGCGGCGCCGUCCCAUCCCACGAUGACAACCCCGAGCAAACGCGCCGAGUCGCCUCUCGUCGCUACAACGCCCAAGGCGUCUCCGACACCCAGCACCAAGGACCUGCCGCCGGUCAUCGAGACCAAGACCAAGACCAACGCGACCAAUCCGAUCGAAGUACUCGAUGACGACGACGACGUCGACAAAGUCACGGAGAAGAAGCCGGUGGCCAAAGAUGGUUUCUCCGAGCUCCUCCUCGGUGCCAAGCGCCAAGCGGCGGCGGCCAAUCCCGUGGCCAAGAGCCAGCAAGGACUCGUGAACCUCGGCAACACGUGCUAUAUGAAUGCUGUGCUGCAAGCGCUCUUGUCGCUGCAGGCCUUUGUGUCGACGCUCCGUGACGAUGCGUGGGUCACAUCAUUGACCAAGGUGCCGCUGCCCAAAGGCCAUUGGCAGGUCAAGGCAGUCAAGGACGCCUAUGACUUCUAUCUCGUCUUCAAGACGAUGAUCAAGGGCCACGUGCAGUCGGCGCACUUGGACCCGAGUCCGAUGAAGGCGGUUGUCGGCAAGCGCGCGCAAGCCUUUGCCAACAACGCCCAGCAAGAUGCCCACGAAUUCCUCAUGAACGUUCUCAACGAGCUCGAGGCCGACAUGAAGGGCGUCGUGCAGUCGCAACUGGACGUUCUUUCGCAGGACGCGGCCGAGAAGAAGGCGAGCAAGCAGUCACUGCACCAGUACUUUGGGGACGACACGGCGAUGGCCGCUCAUCCAACGUUGUCACCGACCGACGUGGAAGCGCUCUUGCCGACUACGACGUAUUUUCGCACCACGGUCACGCAGACCCUCACGUGCGCUUCGUGCGCGUACCGUCGGCACGUUCAGGAAACGUUCCGGGAGCUCUCACUGGACUUUCCAGCGGUAGCGCCGCGUAAGCCAGCGCCCUUGUGCAAGUGCCAAAAGCCCGUCAAGCGCUUGAUUACCAAGAAGGACGGCACGAACAAAGGGCGUCCGUUCAUCAAGUGCAACCAGUUCCCGCAGUGCGACUUUUUCGCGUGGGACGACGCACCGCCCGAGCCGCCCGCCCCCGCGUUGGACGUGCCCCAGCUCUUGACGACCCAUUUCCAAACACACACGGUCGACCUCAAGUGUGAAAAGUGCGAGCACGGGUCCUCGGCCACGGUGAAUGCAACGAUCACGCACGCGCCACCGAUCCUCGUGCUGCAUCUCAAGCGGUUUGAGAUCAGUACGGCGAGUAUGACACUCGUCAAGCGCAAUGACGUCGUCGUCGCGCCCACCUCGGUCGACUUGAGUGCGUUCCAGGCAUCGGACGCCAAAAGGACUCCGACCUAUCGGCUCAAGAGCAUCGUCCGACACCUCGGGCGCACGGCGGGCGAGGGCCACUACAUCACCGACGUGCACAACCAGAGUACAAAGUGGACGCGCUACAACGACGCGCUUGUCACCGAGGUCGACCAGGCCGCAGUGCUCACAGGCCCGGGGGCUGAAACGGGCUACCUCCUUUUUUAUGUUGCUGAGACGACGAGCAAAGGGUUUGGACGGUCGGGCUAG